AUGACACCCACAUUGAUUAAAGCACUUAGCCUGAAAGUGCUCUGCAAGAACCAUGCAUCGUCUCUCUUUCGUUCAAUCUUUCUGAGUCCUGUCAGCGUGACGCAGACAGAACCGUACAUCCAUCGGCUGCCGGUAGAACUUCUACAACAAAUUUUCCUCUUCAUCGUUAACGACGCGCCAGACUAUCCGAGUAUCUUUUCAUGCGGACCUUACGCCUUUUCGGUCAACGUUACCAGCCCUCCCCUAGUCUUGACCAGGGUGUGUCACCGUUGGCGAGUCGUUGCACAUUCAACUGCAGAAAUCUGGUCGCGCAUCCAAGUCGUCCUCCCCGUGCAAGUUAAAUCAUUCACCCCAUUUUUUCCACGUCUUCUUCAGUCUUGGCUUGCUCGUUCUGGUAAUUUACCACUCGCUCUUCGCAUU